CUUCACUUCGUCAAGUAUUGGUAGCGCCGAAGAGCCCUGAACUCUCUCCUUCCUUUCUUCCUUCAGUUCGCUGAUUAUACGAUUCAGCCAUGGCGACUGGAGCUGCACCGCCGCGUCAACUCUCACAGAAGGAGGCCGACAUUCAGAUGAUGUUGGCCGCCGAGGUUCAUCUUGGAACCAAAAACUGCAAUUUCCAAAUGGAACGUUACGUUUUCAAGCGCCGUAAUGAUGGAAUCUACAUCAUUAACCUUGGUAAAACAUGGGAGAAACUUCAGCUGGCUGCUAGAGUAAUUGUGGGUAUCGAGAAUCCUCAAGAUAUCAUUGUUCAGUCUGCUAGGCCUUAUGGUCAGAGGGCUGUUUUGAAGUUUGCUCAAUACACUGGUGCGCAUGCAAUUGCUGGAAGGCACACUCCCGGAACAUUCACCAACCAGCUUCAGACCUCAUUCAAUGAGCCACGUCUUCUUAUACUUACUGACCCUAGAACUGAUCAUCAGCCCAUUAAGGAAGGUGCCCUUGGGAACAUUCCUACAAUAGCCUUUUGUGACACUGAUUCCCCAAUGCGUUAUGUUGAUAUUGGAAUCCCUGCUAACAACAAGGGGAAACAUAGCAUAGGAUGUUUGUUCUGGCUUUUGGCAAGGAUGGUUCUCCAAAUGCGUGGAACAAUUCGUGCUGGACAUAAAUGGGAUGUGAUGGUGGAUUUGUUUUUCUAUCGUGAGCCUGAGGAGGCUAAGGAGAAGGAAGAGGAAGAGGCUCUUCCGCCCCCAGAUUUUGGCAUUGCCGACUAUGGUGCUGCUCCACUUGUUGCCUCAGAUCAAUGGUCUGCACAAAUUCCUGAUGCUCAGUGGGGUGCUGCAGAUGUGGUUGUUCCAGCUGCUGCUGCUGCUGCUGCUGCUGCUGCCAUUCCACCUCCUUCCAGUGUCGAGUGGACUUCAGAGCCAGCUGCUUUGGCAGCAGAUGGAUGGGACGCUGCAGUAGCACCCCCACUAUCAGCACCUGCAGUUGACGGUGCAGCACCUCCCUCCAACGGUGGUUGGUAUUGAGAAAUAGAUGGUUCCGAACCAAUUGUACUCCAAAUGUUUUAAUUACUAUGACUUUUUGCCUGUUUAAUUAGAAAUGUCACCCUUUUUGGUUGGAAAACCGACUCAGUUCUUUUUCUCGUAGUCUGAAGUUUUAGAUUUUAAGAUUGAAAUUUCAACUUCAAUACAUUAUGAAUGUCUCCUUA